AUGGUUCUCACUGGGAUAAGAUUAAGCCUUCAUCCUCAUGCACAUGAGACAGCUGUCUACUGCCAGACAUUAUUACUAACUUUCAGGGUGGAGGAAACAGAAGAACAAGGGCAAAAAGCAGUUGUGGGGCUACGGCUGCCCCUCUGUAGGUGGCGUUUACUCCCUUGUGACGUCGGUGUACAUUCAUCCAUCAAAACAGUGUCACAUAGCAACCUCUGUCUGCUGGGGAAUGGAGAACUUAAUGUUUUUUUUGCUUUGGCUGGGCCUAUUGCCCCAAAUCAGAAUUCUGUUAGUAAGGAAGAAAGCCAGUGUGAAUAUUUGGCAGUGGAAACUACAACAACGGGUACAGAGCGCGCACAGGUGGGCGUGCCCUCAUGGAAUUUAGAACAUUGCCUCAGCCAGUGGGGCCUCGCGGCCGUCUGCCGGAGCUUUUCAUUGGACGAGCGGGAAGGCAAGAGAGUAGAGGGCCCCCGGAGGGAGCAGCCGAGGUGCAGGUCGGAGAGGCCGUACCCCGUGCACGGCUGCAGCAAGGGCGGCAACACCCAGCGGCGAUACCAGCAGUUCCAACUCGUUGCUUUACUUUUUUGCUGCACGAAUAUAAUCAUUAUGCCGAAGAGAAAGUCACCAGAGAAUUCAGAGGGCAAGGAUGGAUCCAAAGUAACUAAACAGGAGCCCCCAAGACGGUCUGCCAGAUUGUCAGCGAAACCUGCUCUACCGAAACCUGAACCUAAACCAAGAAAAACAUCUGCUAAGAAAGAACCUGGAACAAAGAUUAACAAAGGUGCUAAAGCGAAGAAGGAGGAGAAGCAGGAAGCUGGAAAGGAAGGUACUGCACCAUCUGAAAAUGGUGAAACUAAAGUUGAAGAGAUCUACAUCUCUCGCUCAACUGUUAGUGUCUCAGCCUGCAGAGGCACAGAAAACUGAAUCUGUAGAUAACAAGGGAGAGUGAAUUGUCAUGACAAAUUGGGGUUGAUUUUAUGUACCUCUUGGGACAACUUUUAAGAGCUAUUUUUACCAAGUAUUUUGUAAAUGCUAAUUUUUUAGAAGUCUACUAGUUGGCAUACAAAACUAUAUAAGAAUGGACAUUUUACCUUCUCAUAAUCAAAUCUUUUUUGGAAAUUUUCAUCAUCCUCAAGUAAAAUACAUUGACUAUUGGAAGCUGUGUGUAAAAUUGAUUCAGCAUUCCAUGCAUUUGCUUUAAAAAUUUAGUCCUGUGCAUACUGUGGUGUUUUUACUGUGCAUAUUUGAAUUUUUCACGCAGUUUUCUAGAGCAAUAAUCAGUGGUGCUUUUGUACCUAGGUUUAUGUGAUUUUAAUGAAACAUGGAUAGUUGUGGCCACCUGCUGACUAUUUGUGGUUUAAAAUAAAAGGUUUUCUUGCUUGCAGAA